AUGGGCAGAUACGCCAGAAUCAAGUUGCAGACUAACGUCGCCAUCCCUUGGCUCAUUGAGACUGCUCGCGGGCACGGUAGCAAUAUGCAAGUCACUAGCGAUAAGAAUUCUAACCCUUUAGCCACGCCGUCGCCGACGCCCUCAACGAGUUCGGCCAAGACAGGCAGGUUGAAAGGAAAAGCGCGAAAGGAAGCAAAGAAGAUGGAGCAGCCGCAAGUUCAAGCAUCUUCACCUAAGAAGAAUGCCUCUGGAAUAUCAUACAAGUGCCUACUGAGGAGAUACUUCGCCAGGCCCGUUAUCUGGAAGAUCUCGGUCAAGAGCUUGUCAAGUCCAGAUCUGUAUGGAAUGCCUUCAAGGAGGCUGUGCGAGGCCGUGCGGAGCACACCGCCAGGUUUGCUGAAGAAGAGCCCGAGCACGAAGGUAACGCCGGCCACGUGGCAUCCGACAACACAGCACGACAAGGAGCUUACUCUAAACAACCUGUUUGAGGCUCUCCAGGACAUUGAACUACCCAAUGAUACAUCAGAGACUGCCACGUUGGAUGUACCUUCCGACGAAAGUACAACCGAUGGCGCGCUGUUGCCUACACCACCAGCCCGCUAUGAGCCACCCACCGAUUCCAAAGAAGAGUUACGGCUGCGUUGGCUCUGUUUCAAGGACGAAGCUGAUUCAAUCAUAUCGUGGGUAAUUGGUAUAUGGAAACAGUAUUUUCACGGAUGUGAGGAAGAUGCAAACUUAAAGACUGCAUCUCUUCUAUCAGAUCUGGCGCUCGAGCUGAUAUACAAGCUCGAAGACGACAUGACAGAUGAUCGUGACAUGGUACAAGGAGCCAAGCUCAUCGAGUCAGCGUCAUUAUAG